CUUUUUUUAUAAAUCAAACUCUCUAUUACCUAGGCUUUAAACUAAUAAAAUUGACCAUAUUUGGGAUAUGUUACCUAUUUAAUUUAUUUUAGAAAUCGUUAUUUCCAUAUAUGUAUCUCUCCAUCCUUUUUCAUCAACAUGCACCCAGUUUUUUUCAUAAAAAAAGCAUAGUCCUUUUACCAAAAUUUUAAAAUUCAAUGAUGGCCAUCCACACUCUCCUCUUCGCCUAACUUCUCAUAUUAUCAUUCAUUCUUUACUUAUUCUUAAGCAUUGUUCUUUACGCCUAAACAUAGUUUGAUAGAUAUACUAUGUUUGUGUUGACUACCGAGUAAUAGUGUCCAAAAUUUAUGUUUAAUUAGGUGUAAUUCGUACAAUAAUACGUUUAUUUAUUUAUUUUUGAGCAUCGUUCUUCAUGUCUGAAGAUAGUUUUAUAGGUCAACUAUGUUUGUGUCGACUACCGAGUAAUGACGUUCGAAAUUUUUAACUUAAACUUUUGUAUUUAAUGAUGUUUGAUUGAGAUAGUGGUCCAAACAUAUGGAUAAUGUAAUCCUAAUGAAUGAUGUGUGGUGAUAUGACUUUAAAUACCGUAUUUUCAGAUCUUGAUCUAACUAGGUUAAAUUUGUAUGAUGAGACGUUUUUCUUUUCUUAUUCUUGAGCAUUGUUCUUUACGCCUAAACAUAGUUUGAUAGAUCAGUUAUGUUUGUUUUGACUACCGAGUAAUGGUGUCUCAAAAUUUAUGUUCAGAUCUUUGCAUUUAAUGAUAUUUGACUUAAAUAGUGUUCCAAACAAAUAAUUUUUGUUUUAUUUAGCAUCGUUCUUUGUGUCUGAUCAUCGUUCUUCGUGUUGACUACCGAGUAAUAGUGUCCAAAAGUUCUAUUUUGACCUAGCUGUGUCGAUAACUUAAAUAAUGACGUAAAUUUUAAAAAUAUUUAAUUAAAAAUUUUAUUUGUUCUCUCACAUUCCUUAUAAUUGUUUUGGUAAUUUGGAUUACAAAUGACACCUUGGAACUUUAGCACAACAGAAAGAAAAAAUGAAUGAUAACAAGGAGAACUCAAGACGGACUUUUCAUCCCUUCGUCGUGUUUAGGAAACAUCGCUCCUUAGCUGAAGACAAUAGAGACAAAUGUAGCCUUAAAGAACACAUGACUCAUUUUUCUCCAUUUCCUCAAAAUUUUCAAAGGGUAAUCUCUCUCUCACUCAAUUUGGCUUAACUUCUAAGCCAAACAUUGUCUUUCUCGCAUUACUUAUUUUAUGAUGGCCAAAGAUCACACACUAUAUAAAGACUUAACAUGCACCCAGUUUUUUUCAUCAAAAAAGCAUAUUCCUCUUACCAAAAUUUCAAAAUUCAACGAUGGCCAUUCACACUCUCCUCUUCGCCUCACUUCUCAUAUUUUCACUCAUCCCUUCGAGCCGUGAAGGAAAUAAAGGUAGACUCUUCAGUGUGCUCCAAAAUUCACUCGAUGUCACCGGUAAGCCCGUACAAGAUGGCGUAGUUCUGGAAGCCGGAAAAGAUAUGGUGACAAUUAAAUGGAAGCUAAAGUCGUCGGGCAAAGUAGAUGCCGAUGCUACUUUCAAGACAAUCCAAGUCAAGCUUUGUUACGCACCAAUCAGCCAAGUUGAUAGACCGUGGCGCAAGACUCACAACGAGCUCUUUAAGGACAAAACCUGCCCUCACGAGAUUGUGUCCAAGCCAUAUGACAAGACCCCUCAGUCACUUGAUUGGACCGUCGAUCUCGAUAUCCCCACUGGAACCUACUUCGUACGUGCCUAUGGAAUUGAUGGAGAUGGCCAAGAAGUAGCAUACGGGCAGAGCUCGGACGAGGGAAGGACGAAAAAUCUCUUUAGCGUUCAGGCUAUUAGUGGUGGACACGUGUCGCUCGACAUAGCAUCCAUAUUGUUCAGCGUCUUCUCCGUUGUUUCUCUGUUAGUCUUCUUUGUCAAGGAGAAGAAGAAGGCCAAGUUAGAGCAAAGGGAGUGAGUGGAUUAAUAGCGAUGGCCAUAUAUAUUUCAUUGCAUAUUAUAGAAUAAAGAUAAAAGUUCUCCUCAAGAUCUUUUCAUUCCACACAAUUUAUCUUAAUUUAUCUUAGAAUAUAUAUAAUUAACCUCGUUCACUUGUGAACAAUAAACAUAAAGAAAAAGU